AUGGAUACGAAAACAACAUUAUCUUAUGCAAAUUUUCUUACUUCUGUUAUAGAUUCUAUAGAUAUCACUAAAAAUAGUUUGGAACUACUUAUGUCUUGGAAUGUAAUGCCUAUAAAAAGUAUUCCUAGGAAAAAUCAAAAUCAGUUUAAAACAAUGAAAUUGGAAAUAUCUAAGUUGCUUCAAUCAAAGUCAUUUCCUAGAGCUAAACUCUCCGACAAUGAUUGUUGCAGUUUGAUAACAGAGUUUUUUGAUAAACUUUACCUUUUCACCAAUCAAUCCGAUGAAAAUGAAGUUGAAGAAAUGGUAAAAUCAGAAAUUGCGGAAGUCUAUCCACAUACAGAUGACAUUAAUCUUCUUUUUCACUUGUACCACAGUGCUGUUCAGCAAUGGUGGCAACAAACAGGGCAAGUUCCUUACCAAACUAAAGAUAGUGUACUUUUCGCUAAUGCUAGAAGUGACAUUCAACGAAAUUCUUGGCUGAAAAAUCUCCAUGAUAUCAGCAUGAAUAAAAUGCAAAUGUUUGACGUUGAUUUCGAUUUGGACAAAAUCGGUAAGGAGUACCAAGAACAGAUUGACAAUUUUAUGAAAAAUAAGAUUGCUCUACUGCAUGUGGUUAGCAAUAACCAAGCACUAAGCUGCUUGAAGCUUCUACAAUAUUUAACAUCCAGAUCGUAUAAUUUUAGUUACAUCAACUCUGAAAUUAUAAACUUGUCAGAAUUCUGUUCUAAACUUGCUACAGAUAUAAAUUGCUUAAUAUUAAAUAGCAACAGAAAAAAUGAUAACAAAAAUAUUGAAAAUUUGCAGAAACACGUUCAGCAAAUAUUCUUUAUUUCCGAGGUUGAUCCCAAAGGAAAAACUCGCUCUUUUAAAGAUAUGAAUAAGGGAUUGGUUGAUCUGUCCCCGAAGUCCCAACAAAAAAUUCUCAAUAGAAAAGUGUUUUUUCAAGGUACGCCUGUGUAUUUGCAUACUUUGCUAGAUGAAAAGCUGGACUUGGUAAACGAACAAACAUUGUACACUCUCUUGAUGGAAGAUGCAAUAGACAUUUUACCUGCAAGUCGAUCGAAGAUGAAAGAUGAUGAAAUUAAUUAUUAUGUGGAAAGAAAUCUAGCUCGAUGGUUGUUUGCAGAUGAGAUUUUAGAUGAAGAAUCAUUUAAAGUUGUAUAUAAUCAAGUAAUUGAUGAAUUUCCGGAAGACGGCAAAGAUAUUGUAGUAGUAUGCGUGUCGGAUAAAAUUAAGAGGCAAAUUCGUCGCAAAUUUACCAGAGUUAAAGACAAAGAAAUUAGAUUAUUCAUGCUUAAAGAAGCACAUGAUUACUUUGAUUCAAUUUGUAAAAAGUAUCCAAUACGAAAAAUUCACCUACUACAAUUCGUUCCGGUGAAUUCUAAAAAAACUGUGCUUCAAUGGGAACGAUCCCAAAAUAGUAUUGAAAACAUCUACAAAUAUGCCUACACAGGAGAUGUCGAAAUCAAAGUAGAAUCACUUACUGACGCUGAAAAAAGUUUAGUCAUUCUGGCGGCAGAGCCCGGGGUCGGAAAAUCAACAUAUUUAACUGCUAUGUGUGUGUGUGUGUGUGUGUGUGCAACCAACCAAACGGGACCACGCGGUCGCUUCUUACAAAUUGAGUUGUUUCCAUGUAUUUUUAGAUCAACAUUCUAUACAUGCAAAUAACUCGCAUAGGCAUUUGGAAGGUGUUAGCUCUGCCGAGCUUCGGUGACCCAUUUCUACGCUGGCUAGCCGAGCGCGAGGUACUUCAGCUUUUGUCGACAAGCCCCGCCCUGAAGAACGUUUGCACCAAUCGGAUUCAAACGUUAUUUAGAACUUCCGAACCCUUGUCAAAUGGACAAGGACCCA